UCUGUCAGUCAGUCGUUCAUUGAACAGCAGUUUGAAUAGUAGGGUGUCUGUUGAGCUCAGAGAGAAAAUAACAGCAUGUAAAAUAUAACCUUAUAGUUGACAGUGGAUGUACAAUAACAUAUCUACAUAUAAAACAAUCAUAUUCAAAAAUUACUGUGUGAUAUAUAAAGGUGGAUUUAGAAAAAGGUAUUUUAAGCACAUCACUUUUUACAUUCAUGCAUUUGUCCCUGUAACUUUAUUUGAAUGGAUGUUAAAUAGAGUGUUGAGACAUUAUUGAGAUAGGCUAUCUAUUGAUGUAAUAUUUGUUGUAUGUGGGAAAGUAAGGAUGUAAUUGAGUCUGAUAGUUUGAUAUAUAAAUCACUGGAUACAUUAUCACACACUAGCAAACCUUAGUGUAAAUUAUUGGAUGUUACCACUGGAGUAAAAUCACAAUAUAAACAGUUUAUUGUUUGGUAAACCUCAGGAAGCUGUUUGAGUUAUGUUCUCAGGGGACGUUUAGAGACUGUGUAUAAGGAUUGGUGGGAAUUUUUAAUACUACACUCUUUAUAUGUUGCUACUUGUGUGAAUGUAUGAGAAAUAAAUAUGGAUAAAAUAAACAUAUGAGGAGAAAAGUGAAGAAAUUAACUGACAGGAGUGAUGAUGUUUCUAACUGGAUUAAAAUGUAUUUGGAUUUUCUGCUGGAUAUCUCUCUCACAAGCUGACGCAGAUCCCUCUGCUAACGCAGACCCUGCUCGCAAUGCAGCAAAUUUCCAAAAUGGAUUCCAGUCGUCAUCAUCAUCAUCAAACCCUCGCAUAACGGAACACCCUCAAGAUGACUUUUUCGCAAAGAACGAACCAGCGACCUUGAACUGUAAGGCUGAAGGUGAUCCACGACCCACAAUCACUUGGUACAGAAAUGGCAAACCCGUGGAGACGAAUAGGGAGAACCCAAUCUCACAUAGGAUGUUACUCGAUAAUGGACAAUUGUUCUUCCUGCGUGUGAUACAUUCUAAGAAUAACCAUCCCGAUAUAGGAGAAUAUUACUGUAAUGCAACAAACUCGAAAGGUUCGGUAAUUAGCCGGACAGCCAACAUACAAAUAGCGGUUUUAAAGGACACGUUUGUAGAGGAGCCAUCUGAUACUACCACAGCUGUUGGUCAAAGGGUUGUACUACGAUGCAGUCCUCCAAGAGGGAAGCCUGACCCUAAAGUGAUCUGGAGAAAGAAUGGUGAACUUGUUCAAACAGAUGAUAGGAUACAUAUCACAGAGGAAGGCAAUCUGGAGAUAGAUUCAGUAGAGAAACAGGAUAUAGGAGAGUUUAUGUGUUUAGCAAUAAACACUGGUGGUGAACGACAGAGUAGACCAGCUCAAUUAAGGGUCCUAGAUGUGCCUGUUUUUCAUAAGUUACCCAAGAACGUAGAUGUAGAAGAAGGGGCAGAUGCCCAGUUUUUCUGCGAUGUAACAGGAGAUCCACCCAUUAAAGUGACCUGGAGUAAACAUGAUGGAGCCAUCAGCUUCGGAAGGGCUCGAGUUUUACCGGAUCAUACAUUACGGAUAGAGAAUGUGGAAUCAGAUGAUGAUGGGGUCUAUAUCUGCACAGCAGAAAACGCAGCCGGGUCAACACAAGCCACGGCUAGACUGGUUGUCUUUUCUUCUCCAACAUUCCUGAUCAGUCCAAGAGAUCAAGUGGUCGCUAAAGGACGUACGGUGUCAUUGCAGUGUGUUGCUCAAGGACAUCCCCCACCCACUGUAUUCUGGAGCAAGAAAUCUCAGGAGAACCUUAUGUUUCCGAAUCGAGAUUCGGGUCAUUAUUCGGUAGCCGAGGAUGGAACAUUACGUAUUGAGGCAGUAAAUGAGACAGAUGCCGGUGUUUAUAUAUGUGAGGCUCUCAACAUUAGAGGAGCUGCAUAUGCGUCUGCUAAAGUUGAAGUGAAAGCAGAAAGUGCAUUCAUUCUUCCAGACCAUGACACUCGUCCUCCACCAAUUAUAACCAUCGGACCACAGAAUCAGACAUUACACGUAGACUCUGUGGCGGUGUUACAGUGUGAAGCUGAUGGCGACCCGAAACCUAUUAUACGUUGGUAUAAAAAUGGCCGCCCUCUUCUCAUGUCUGGUCCAAGAUAUGCUAAACGAGACUCUGGAACUUUGCAGAUUUCAGACUUGAAGAUGCAGGACACUGGCUCGUAUACAUGUAAGGCCAUCAGUGAGACAGGGGAGACCACUUGGCAAGCUUUCCUAACUGUAGCUAGUAACUUUGGUCAGGAAACUGUGAAAGCUGCUGCCUUAAACUUGCUGCCUAACCCUCCAACUCAGCCAGUGGUCAGUGAUGUAACUGAUACCUCUGUUCACCUGUCCUGGUCACCUGGGAUUCAGACUGGUCAAGCACAGGUGUUGUCAUUCUAUGUUGAAUACUUCGCCUAUGAAACUACAGAUGGUUGGGUUGUAGCAAGCACUGAUGUGAAGCGAGAGAGUUUUACUGUGGACAAACUGCGUCGUAAUACAACAUACAUAUUCCUGGUUAGAGCUGUGAACGAAUACGGUGUCGGGUAUCCUAGUCCGGUGUCGGAAUCUGUCAGGUUACUAGGUUACAAACCAAAACAAUUGAAGCCCCAGUUAUCUAAGGAAGAAAUCAUUCGUCAACUAAGUGGAGAUCUUGUUGAAAUAGAUUACACUCAUUCUAUAAACUCUUCAGCUAUAAGUCUGAAUUGGAGGGUUUUACAAGCAGAAAACAUUGUAGAAGGGUACCAGAUUUUGUAUCGUGAAAUCUUGGAUAUUAGACGUCUGACAUAUGGAGAGAAGAAGACAAUACGUGUUCCGUCUACGGUAACAACUUACAUGUUAACAGGACUGGAUAGUUACAGUUGGUACGAGAUACGUGUCCUAGCUUAUAAUGGAAAGAUUCAGUCACAGUACAGUCAUCCUGUCAAAGUACAAACAGCAGAACAAAAUUACGUACCUGGAGCCCCUCAGGAUGUGACUGUACAUAAAAUAUCAGACAACAGUGUGUCGGUACAGUGGGGACCACCUGAUACAACUUUCAAAAAAUAUUUGAUGACAGGAUACAAGGUAUUCUGUGUUAGUGCCGACCAGAAGAAGAACUGUAGUAUACAGACAGACGGACAUACAUUUAGUACAGUUAUCAGUAAGCUUUCAGGAAAUCAGGUUUUCACAAUCAAGGUAGCUGCAGUUACAAGUAAAGGUGUUGGAGAAUGGAGUUCUGCCUUUAUUGUUGAUGGUAAAGGAGUACAGUCAGUAAAACUGGACGGGGACUCGCAUGUUUAUAGUACACCUAAAUCUGUUACCGGGGAAGAAUCUGGAGAGGAAGACUUGUUUAAACGAUCCUGGUUUGUCGGUUUGUUGAUAGCAGUGGGUGGGGUAAUGUUAUGGUUACUAUUAUGUAUAUUCUCCGUAUGGCUGUGUAAAAGAAAGAAGCAUAGAAAAAAGAUGAAAGACCAGAGAUUCUAUACAGGAGUGCCUGUACAUAAAGGUGAAGAAAGUAACAGGAACAAUAUGCUGUACCCACCACAAUAUGCAGUCAAAGAUCAAAGAAUACAUUGUACAAAUGAUCUAGAUUUACCACCAGAGUUAAGGGUACUUUUACCAGGUCAGAACAAAAAGGAACAGGAGGAUGAUUCUAUAUAUAAGAUGGCAGGAGAUGGAAGUUUUCCUGAAUUAAAAACUUUCUACCAGAGAGUUGACCCUGUUGCUCCAUAUGCUACUACAGCCCUUAUACAACAACAGCAUCUCAUGAAACAAAGGCAACAAGGUAUAGAGAAUAUGUUCCGUCCAAUAAACCAGGGAUAUAUCCAGCAUAGUGAGGGAUCAGCAGACAGUUGCCAGAAACCAGCUCUCAGCACAGAUUCUAACCCAGAUCAUAGUCAUAACAGUCACUCUACGACGGAUCAUAACCAUAGCGACCAUAUGAGUCCAACUAGUGACAGUGGUAGUCAUACAACAGAUGAAAAUGGCCUACUUAUAAAGCAGAAGAAGAGAAGUAACUCACGAAAAGAUAACACAACCCCUAAACAAGCUAUGAACAUGAACUGGUCCGAAAUGCUUCCUCCACCACCAGAACACCCUCCACCGAGUGAAUGUGGUGACCCACCCUUGUAUAGUGAAGUAAGGGGAGACAGUCGCAGUAACACACAUAGUCCAAUGUCUCCGGUCUCGUUUUCACAGCUGUCGGCUUGUUCUUGUCCGAAUCCACAUACACAGACGCCAGUUUCAGGCUGGAAUAUGCCUGUGUAUUCAGAUAACGAGUGUCCUCGUUGUUGCUCGGAGAAAUAUUAUGAUCCAAUGACUUACUGCCAAGAUGCAUAUAUACGGAGGACACAUUCACCAAGGAUGCAAGUGUUACAACAUGUAAAUAAUAGAAACAUACCAAAUACUGGGCAUACAUGUUCUCCUAGAGCAACACCAAGUGUUCAAUACCAGUACUCUAAACCCCACAAGGGAUAUCACUCUAAUUGUGCUACUCCACAAGGGGAUAAAAACAAAUCAAACAUAAAAAGAGCUUCACAUAGCUCGCAUAGUGACAAUGAAGCACCCAGUAUUAUGCCAUGUUUACAGUCAUAUAAAAUUACACCAAAAAGUGAAAAAGACUAUAGAUUUAUGCAUGAGGAGUGGGGUCCUGACCCUGCUCCCCCAUGUCACUGUGAGCAUGAUUCCGGGAUGGGGAUGGAGGAAGAUGGUAUAAACAUUGAUCGAGCAUGCCAGUCCUCCCUGCCAGCCAUAGCUCCCAGUGAUGCUGUCAGUAAUUAUAAUUCAAGACCAAACAUGUCUUCCAGCAUGCAGGAGAGGUACCAGCGUAACUGUGAUUCCCCGACAUCUGAGGAGGCGGACUAUGCUACCGAGUCUGACCUGGAACAAAGCCAAGAGCAAACCGCUACUUACACAGGCAAUACAGAUCAUAAUACAGACUGCAGUAGUGUACAGUCUAGCACGUGUAGCUCGGGCGAUGGUACAUUCCUCACAGAGGAAGACUUUGCAAGUGCUGUAGCUCGUGCAGCAGAAAUGUCUGGUCUUACAGUGAUUGGAACAACAGUCUGUGAUCCUUCCAACAAAUCCAAAAAAGAGCGACGUGCACGUAAACAAGCACGUCCUGUUAGUCCAGGAUAUUCAACUGACAGCAACUAUGGGUCUAUAGAUAUGGUUCGUAAACCGUAUCCGAAAUCUCAACGUAAACAGCAAUUGAUUGAGCAAGGUAAAGGGAAAUCAAAUUUCCAGCCAGUAAGUGAAUGUAAUAGCAGGGUGAAUAAUAAUGGAAUCUAUGACACACCAUAUGCAAGAACAGAUUAUCCCAUGAAUAUUACCCAUCCUGCUUUCCCUCUUCCUCCUACAAGAUUUGCCUCCCUUGGUAGAAAUCCAGUUCAAGAUGGCAGCAAUAGGAUGUCUCCACUAGAUGGCAGCAGGAGUGUUGAUAGGGGAGGCUACUCUAGCUUUGUUUACCCCCAAAACAUUAUUGAUAUGCAUUUAAAAGAAGAUAUUGUUUAAAAGAGUGAGUCAAAUAGGGCAGUGUGAAACAGGGACAAAAAAGAUGAGUUCUGACUGUGGAGCACUUAGAUGAAAGUAACACCAUGCAAUAUUAAUGCAAAAAAAAAAACUGUGUGAAGAACUAAACUUUACAAGUGCUAUAAACUACAGUCAAGAAGAAAAGCAUACAUGGUGCCCAGCGUUUCUGAUACUAAUACUGUAAACAAUGCACCAUGAUAUUAUCUCUUCAACUUUCUAAGAAUGUUUUUCCGGAAAAUGAAAAGAAACAAUUGUGCAAUUUAAAGAGCUUACAACUUGUUCAUGAGCAUUUGAACUAAGAUCUACUGUUUAAAAAAUGUUUUAUACACUGAUUUCUAGGACAUGAAGGACAAACAUUGUUAUAUGUGCUAUAAAUGUCUUCAAUACAGAAAUAGUUUCUUGAUGUUCUAGCUUCUGUGUAACUUGCUGUACAGACAUUUAGCAAGGAAUUGUGACAAUAAAAAAACAACAACAACAAACACUCCCUUUGAUGAGAUUUCAAGAUAUUUAUACAAUAUGAAUGUCUUGGUGUUUGUAGAAAAUGGAUGCAUCCUAUGUAGUUCUGAAUAAGUUAUAAACAAUGUACAUAUAUAUAGUGAUAUAUUUACUACAUAAGUCUUGUAAUGUGAUUAUAAUAUAUAACAUUGGAGGAGAAAAUGUCAACUGCUGAAAUCCACAAGUAAACAAGUAUUUCAUGCAUAAUAUAUUUUUAUUGAUAUUUAUUUAUGAAUUUAUUUCAAUUACUAUGUAUAAAUGAAUGUAUGAUUAUAUGUGAGCAGUAAUAUACAUGUAUACAGUUGCAUGUUUGUGUUUGUUGGUGUAACAUUCUGUAUGUGUAGACAAAAAUAUGGAUAGAUUGAAUUGUUGUAUACAAUGUGUACUUGUAAAUGAUAAUUACCAAAUACAAAUAAAUGUUUCAUUGAUGCCAGUAUGGCACUGAAUGGAAGAACGGUAAAUGUUUGGUCUUUGGUGCAAUUGAAUACCAGUUGAUGCCAAUAUGAAAUACCAGUAAAGGUUUGGUUUUAGGGCAAUAUUGAAUACCAAUAAACCUUUGGUAUUAUACCAGUAUGGAAUACCUGUAAAAAUUUGGUUUAUGCUGGUAUGAAAUACCAGUAAAUAUUUGGGUUAUGACAAAAUCAAAUACUAGCUAUUACUAGAAAUUGGAACACCAGUUUAUGUUUGAAUUAUACUGGUAAGAAAUACCAGUAAAUGUUUGGUUUAUACCAGUACGAAAUACCAUGAUGACAAUAUUAAAUACAAGUACUAGAAAUUGGAAUGCCAGUUCAUGUUUGGUAUUAUGAUAAUAUGGAACGCUAAUAAAUGUUUGAGAUGUGAAACAGCAUAAGUAACUGUAUAUUUUGUUCAUGUUUGAAUGCAAGUUUUGGAUUGAUUACAUGUGUUUUGUGUGACUUUUCUAAGUCAGAUUUAUACAGUGCAAUAGUAUGUAUAUUUUGCAGAAUACAGUUGUACAGAUAAUCUUAUAUAAUAUUAUUAGGCUUGUAAAUAAUUUACUUUGUUAUAUACAUGUUAUAUUAGGGAUGAAAAUUGUUUUUAAAUAAACAUCCUUAAUAGUUGCUUGUGCUAAAUUGAAAUUAAUUUUUUUUUAUACAAAAGUCAAGAUGCACUGCAAACAAUGUUGGAUAUCAAAUGUAAAUGUAGAAAAAUAGAUACAUGUACUUCAAACUUUGGAUGGCGAAAAUUUGCUGUUUUCUUUAUAUGGUUCCAAGAGAAUCAUUGCUGAAUCUUAGAAAAGCUAAUUUUUAAAUUUAUUAAAUUUUCUACUGUUGUUACUUUGUGCUGAAGCAUGUAAGAAGCCGAAAUAUUAAGUAAAAUAUUGUAAAUAGAUGCUGUUUCUAUUGUAUUAUUUGAAAAAAAAAGUUCUAAACUAAAAUUAAAUAAAAACAUGAAUACAUAUGA